AUGUCAAAGAACUCUGCAAGUGGCAGACUUAUUCAUAUUAUUGUAGAACCAAACUUUAGAAAAUAUAAAUUUUGUUUUGCUUUAUCAUUUGUUUCAGAUAGUUUGAUAAAUGCCUAUAAGCGUUACCAUCAUUCUAGCGUUCGUGAUUUUCUUCAAAGCAGUUACAGUGAGCUGAAAGCUUCUAGACUUCGAGGUAACCUUUGUAAGGAUUAUGUCUAUAG